AUGCAAAAGCCCAUCAAGAUUUUGUUCAUUGGCGAUUCCUCUGUGGGGAAAACAAGGUUUGUCUCACUUGUCCGACACCAUGUUAUUUUAUUGUUAGUCUCAUGAAACGUUUUGCCAAACAAGAGUUUGAUCCCCACAUCUCGCCCACCAUCGGGGUGGACUUUAUGCCAGCCGUUAUUGAGGUUAACGGAUCUCCAUAUAGUCUUUCACUCUGGGUAAGCACUGCUGCCACCCCAAGCUAAUACCUCCUCUAGGACACUGCAGGUGCGGAGGCAAAUGGCAUGACAGCUUUAGCUCCCAUGUACUAUCGCUGUGCUGAAGGAGUUCUCUUGGGUAGGGCGGAGGCUCUACAAAACUUACCAUCUGCUUACAGUUUACGACAUUACAAAAAAAGAGACUUUCGACAACAUUAAACGAUGGGAGGACCACCUGAACUACUACUCGGGCACGAGUAAUAUAGUUAAAAUGCUGGUCGGCAACAAGAUUGACUUGGUAAAUGUGUAGUUCUUUGCCUCGACAACUUAAUGGACUCUUUCUCUCUCCAGGAUGACCGGCGCGUAAGUAAGGCGGAGGGUCGUCAACUGGCUCGUCAGUCAUCUAUGUUGUUUGUGGAAACCAGUGCGUUGACCAGCGAGAAUGUCAAUGCCUGUUUCCAAGAGCUUGUUUCCUACGUGAGUUUUCGUGUUCGCGGGGUGUUGUUAUUCGCAUGCUUGCUUCUUUUUAUAUCCAGCUAGUUUUCAUGCGUUUUAAGUUGCUAGGUCAAACUUAUUCCAACAAAAGUAUACUUAACAUGCUCCCAUGGUAAUUCGUGAUCAUUGACUAAGGUUGUUUGCGGUUUCUAUCACGUCAGUUGUACACCCGAAGCCAGCAUAUCUAAAUGCGAUAUGAGGUCCGCUAUCUCUUUAUUGUCAGGGCCGCGUGUCACGUGGCGCGUUUGUCUUGAGAUUACGUAUGCCGGAAACUUUCUGUGCCCCGUCCCCCUUUUUAACGAUCCUUUUGCCUCCGGCGCGGUUUUAAUGGUUUUUUAACCCAAAACUUCAUAGAGGGUUGUGAUAACGUAUACAGCCAAAAAGUACUUGGCCGCCGACAUUGCAGGUCCUCUUCCGUCCUAUGCCUAGAUUGUCACUUCGCCGGCCUACUUGGAGCUCCGUUCGUCCCCUGAUUCUACGAACACCUUGCACCUAGGCGACUCGCCUUCACGUUCAAACGCAGGAGCUGGAGUCUGCGGUGCAUGCUAG